CGGACAGGGGGCGGAGCGUGGCUGUUCGCGCUCAUCCCCCUCCCCCGGCCCCGGGUGUCCCCGUGACGAGGCAGCGCGGAGCCGCCGCGGGCCGGGCCCAUCCCGCCGCAGCGGCCCGGGGCCGAGCAGGGGCUAGGCGGGGAGGGAGCGGCGCCCAGCGGGGCCCGGAGCGUGGCCAGAAUGGUGCUGGAAGGAAACCCUGAAGUGGGGUCCCCCCGAACCUCAGACCUCCAGCACCGGGGGAACAAGGGCUCUUGCGUUCUUUCCUCUCGCGGUGAAGAUGCGCAGCCAGGCGAGGAGCCCAUCAAGUAUGGUGAACUCAUCGUCCUGGGAUGCUGUGAGGAAGGAGGUGAGGAAACCGAGGCAGGGGAAGUGACUGGCCCAAGGGCACACAGCUGCUACAAUGGGUGUCUGGCAAGUGGGGACAAGGGCCGCCGGCGAAGCCGCCUGGCACUGAGCCGCCGGCCACAUGCCAACGGGGUGAAGCCAGACGUCAUGCACCACAUCUCCACGCCGCUCGUCUCCAAGGCACUGAGUAACCGUGGUCAGCACAGCAUCUCGUACACGCUGUCCCGGAGCCACUCGGUCAUAGUGGAGUAUACACAUGAUAGCGACACAGACAUGUUCCAGAUCGGCCGCUCCACAGAGAACAUGAUUGACUUCGUGGUAACAGACACGUCCCCUGGAGGAGGGGCUGCCGAGGGCCCUUCUGCCCAGAGCACCAUCUCCCGCUAUGCCUGCCGCAUCCUCUGUGACCGCCGGCCACCCUAUACUGCCCGCAUCUAUGCCGCUGGCUUCGACGCCUCUAGCAACAUCUUCCUUGGAGAGCGAGCGGCCAAAUGGCGGACCCCAGAUGGCCUGAUGGAUGGACUGACCACCAAUGGAGUCCUGGUGAUGCACCCGGCAGGCGGAUUCUCCGAGGACUCAGCCCCCGGUGUCUGGCGGGAGAUCUCGGUCUGUGGGAAUGUGUACACAUUGCGGGACAGCCGCUCAGCCCAGCAGCGGGGCAAGCUGGUGGAAAACGAGUCCAACGUGCUGCAGGACGGCUCUCUCAUCGACCUGUGUGGGGCCACACUGCUGUGGCGCACACCGGCGGGGCUGCUGCGGGCUCCCACACUGAAGCAACUGGAGGCCCAGCGGCAGGAGGCAAAUGCAGCGCGGCCCCAGUGCCCCGUGGGCCUCAGCACUCUGGCCUUCCCCAGCCCAGCCCGUGGCCGCACAGCGCCCGACAAACAGCAGCCCUGGGUCUACGUCCGCUGCGGGCACGUCCACGGCUACCACGGCUGGGGCUGCCGGCGGGAGCGGGGCCCCCAGGAGCGCGAAUGUCCUCUCUGCCGCCUCGUGGGGCCUUAUGUGCCUCUAUGGCUUGGCCAGGAGGCCGGCCUCUGCCUGGACCCUGGGCCGCCUAGCCAUGCCUUUGCACCUUGCGGCCAUGUCUGUUCUGAGAAGACUGCCCGCUACUGGGCCCAGACACCACUGCCCCACGGCACCCACGCCUUCCAUGCCGCCUGCCCCUUUUGCGGGGCCUGGCUUACUGGCGAGCAUGGCUGCAUCCGCCUCAUUUUCCAGGGCCCGCUGGAUUAGGCUCCCUGGGGCCCCCUGCUGCUGUGUCCACCUGCCCACCCAGGUCCCCACCUCCUGCAGCCCAGAGGGAGCUCUGCAUGUGGGACACUCCCUGCUGGCACAGCCACACCAGAUGGACAUGUUGGAUGGGCUGUGCCCUUCCCCCUAACUGUGGCCCCCCAAGGAGGUCCCCAAGAUCUCCACCCCAGUCAUGCUGAUGGGGCCUUCAGCACCAGCUCUGUCCUGGGUCGAUGGAGGAAAGCCCAGCCCCAUGGCCUUGCCCUUCCUGGGGCAUCCCACAUCGUGCCGCCGACACUGUGUGCCCCUGGGGGAGUGAAGGGGCCAGGGGCCUCUGACCCCCAGCUUAGGCUGGCUAUGCCCUGAGCCUGCCAACCCAGUUUCAGACACUCAUCCUUCCUGCUGCCUCCCUGGGUUCCUCUAUAAACCUCGCUGCUCAGCUGCCCCCACAAGCCCCAUGUGCCCCGCAUGCGUACAAUGCCUCCAACCCCCGAGUGAGUGGUGGGUGGGUGGCAGGCUGGGCCCAGCAUUUGCGGAUAGCCACUGUGGGCUCAAAUCUAUGCUAAGUGGUAUCUGGGGACACAGAGGCAAUCAGACCUGGUUCCCCACCUGGCAGAGUUCACAGUCUAGUGGAGGACAAAGUGUUACCAAAUGGCAACAUGGCUUCAUGUGUGCCAGGAUCAGAGUACGAAUCUGGCUGUGGCAGGCCUCACUGGUAAUGGAAAAGCGAGGGAGGCUUCACAGAGGAGGUGUCAUAGGAGCUCAGCCUCGAUGGCUGCUCGGAACCCUCUGAGUCCACAAGAUGGGAAGUGUGCUCUAUACAGAAGGGAGGUCCUGUGCACAGGCUCAGGUGUCAGUAAGCCAGGAAUCCAGGGACAGAGUCAGGUUGGCUGGAGCAUGGACUGCGGGCGGGGGACAGCAAAGGGGGUGGAGCAAAAGAUUGGGACCAUGUGACCAGGGAAGAUGCUGGAUGGAGGAUUCUGAACCUCAUUUGUGGAUGGUCAGGAGUCAACAAAGGGAGGAGAGAGGACUUACUGGUCAAGUGUCGGCUGUGACACAAGGGCCAUCAUCCCUGAAUGCCCACCACGUGCCCCGCACUGUGCUGAUGAUGAUAAUAAUAACAACGUCCAUUGAGCACUCUCCAGA